AUGGCCUCCUCCAAUCUUAAUUCACGAACUCACUCAUCCCCCCUCUUCUGUUGCAUCUUGUUUAUCUGCUCAUUUUCCAUUAUAGCACCCCACGCAGCACCACUCUCCUUCAGUUUCAACUUCUCGGAUCCCGCCCUCACGGUGACGGAUGUGGUUCGUUUGGAGCCCGCUGCCUCGACAAACGGCACCGUCAUCAAUCUCACGAAGGAUGCGCUCGACGAUCCCAUCACGAAUAACUCGGGCCGAGCCAUCUACAAAGACUUGGUGCCUCUCUGGGACCGCACCACCGGCGAGGCAGCCAGCUUCACCACAUCCUUCUCUUUCGUCAUCAAGCCGAGGGACGCCCUCGACUAUAACUUCUCUGGCGACGGGCUAGCCUUCUUCAUCUCUAGGUACCCGUCCGAACUCCCAAAUUUUAGCGGAGGUGGCUACCUCGGCCUUUUCAACGAAACUAAUGCUUUCAAUUCGCCGGGGAAUCAGUUGGUAGCGGUGGAGUUUGACACCCACAGGAAUGAUUGGGAUUCAAACGACAACCAUGUUGGUGUGGACGUCAACUCCAUCAAGUCUGAUUCCUUCCUCAACUGGCCUGAGAGUAUGUGCAACAGUAGGAAGGCGACGGCAUGGAUUCAGUACAACGCUAGCACGACUAAAUUGGGUGUGUUCCUCUCGUACGAUGACAAUCCGACCUUCGAUGGUUCGUACAACCUCUCUUGCUCCAUUGAUCUAACAAAGUUGCUGCCUGAAAAGGUGGUCAUUGGCUUCUCAGCAGCCACCGGCCAUUACGCCGAGCUACAUCAAAUCCUAAGCUGGAACUUUGUAUCGACUUUUGAACCAAAGAAAGGAUCGAAGAAGAAAAGCAAGAUCGCGAUUGUGGCAGCAUCUGCUGCUAGUGCAGGCGUCGUGCUCUUCCUUGUUGGGGUGGUUUGGGUCUUUCUGUGGCGUAAGAAAUCCACCAAGGGUAAAGAAAUAAAGGACACGACGAAAGAAGAGGACACUCAGAACAAAGAAAAGCAUGAGGACUACGAUGAAUUGAUUGACAAUGAGAUUGAGGAAGGGCAGGGACCGCACAGAUAUCCUUACAGCGAAUUAGCCGCUGCGACGAACAACUUUGACGAGGCAAGGAAGCUUGGGCAGGGAGGCUUUGGUUCUGUUUACAUAGGAUUCCUGAAUAAUCGCCAUGUGGCUAUCAAAAGAGUCUCCAAGGAUUCUCAGCAAGGGAGAAAGGAGUAUAUAUCUGAGGUCAAGAUUAUAAGCCGAUUGAGACAUCGGAACCUGAUGCAGCUAGAAGGUUGGUGCCACGAACGCGGAGACUUUUUGCUUGUCUAUGAGCUGAUGCCCAACGGAAGCCUUGAUUUCCACCUCCAUUGCACGAGAAGCGUGCUAUCAUGGCCUGCAAGGUACAACAUAGCACAAGGAUUGGCCUCUGCACUUCUAUAUCUUCACAAGGAAUGGGAAAAAUGUGUGGUGCAUAGGGACAUCAAGACGAGCAACAUCAUGUUGGAUUCAUCCUUCAACAGUAAGCUCGGUGAUUUCGGGUUGGCGAGAGUCAUCAAUCAUGACCGAACCUCAUGGACAACGGCUCUGGCUGGGACGUUGGGAUACUUGGCCCCAGAGUGUGCAGAUACCGGAAAAGCGAGUACACAGACUGAUAUCUAUAGCUUCGGAGUUGUCUUGUUAGAAAUCGCAUGCGGAAGAAGGCCUAUAGAGCCAAGAGAGACUCCAAACAAGGUUAGAUUGGUGGAGUGGGUCUGGGAAUUGUAUGCUAGAAACGCAAUUCUUGAAGCGGCUGAUGGAAGGUUGGGCGGCGAAUUUGAAGAGCACGAAAUGGAGCGAUUGAUGGUUGUAGGGCUAUGGUGUGUCAAUCCAGAUUGUACUCUACGACCGUCCAUCAAACAAACAAUCAGCGUACUACAAUUUGAAGCUCCUUUGCCCAAUCUUCCCCCCAGAAUGCAGGUGCUAGUGCAUGCAACACCAGCAGGUGCCUAAUAUCAACUACACCUCCCCAUCACAUUUUCGUCUCUAACAGUGGCGACUAUAUCAAACAUUCUACUGAACCAAUAUUUCUGAAUCACCUUCUGUAAUUUGCUGUAGCUCUGUAAAAGUAGCUCACGUACUUGUUUCAUCAUUGUUAGCAUUCGUUUUGUUGCAAUCAGUAGUCCUCUACUGCAUCAUUUUUACUAUGUAACUGAGCAAAUUGUAACUCGGCAUAUCUUACCAUUGUGGUUGUGGUUGAAUUAGAUAGUUAUUGAAAUUAGACGGUUUCCAUUGAAA